AUGCUGCAUUAUCAAAUGGGAGGCACCUGUUGCUGUGGGCGUAUCCUCGCCACGCCCCUUGCCGCCUGUUGCCUCGGCAAGCCAAGUGGACCCAGUGUCUCAGAGCCAGUCGGCGAGCCUGCACCCCUGGCCACUCCGCUGUUCAGCCAUGACGCACCUUCUGCGAUUCGACGUCAGCUUCCUGUCACCGGAACGCUGACGAUUACUCAAACAAAAGCAGAAGUACCAAAACGUGAUGCUCAACAAAGGGCGAAAGCCCUGUGCCCGAACGGCGUAGCGGCGAGUUUGAAGAAACCGGCGAGAUGCAACCCCCCCGAACCGCCGCCGGCUCACGCUACCACAUCCGCUUCCUCUACUUCCGCUAACACGCAGCCCACAACCAACAAAUUGCCUAAGAGCCGCUCAAUGGUGGUGUCGCUGACGCCACCACGAGAGCGAGAGACAUGGGCGAAGAAGGCAGAGUUCUUGUUAGCUGUGGUAGGAUUCGCGGUAGAUCUGGGCAAUGUCUGGAGGUUUCCCUAUAUCUGUUACCAAAACGGAGGCGGUGCGUUUCUGAUUCCUUAUUGCGUGAUGCUGUUGUUCGGAGGUCUACCUCUCUUCUUUAUGGAGCUGGCACUCGGUCAAUACCAUCGCUGCGGGUGUCUCACACUUUGGAAGAGGAUUUGUCCCGCUCUUAAGGGCGUAGGCUACGCAAUCUGCAUGAUCGACAUCUAUAUGGGUAUGUACUACAACACGAUCAUCGGUUGGGCCGUAUAUUACCUGAUUGCCUCUCUUGCCUCCAUCAAUUCCGAGCUACCCUGGACUAGCUGCGACAACGAGUGGAACACCCCUCUUUGCACACCCGUCACUUCCCCACUGGCGAACAUCAGCUCUAGCACCCCUGCAAAGGAGUUCUUUGAACGCAACGUAUUGGAGCAACACCGGUCAAAUGGUCUGGAUGAUAUGGGUCCUAUCAAACCGUCUCUAGCUCUGUGUGUUUUUGGAGUUUUCGUGUUGGUCUACUUCUCACUAUGGAAAGGAGUGCGCAGUGCUGGAAAGGUGGUGUGGGUCACAGCUCUUGCACCAUACGUUGUUUUGCUAAUUCUGCUCGCAAGAGGUGUUACUCUUCCUGGAGCAACAGAAGGCAUUCGCUAUUAUCUUACUCCUGAGUGGCACAAACUACAAAAUUCUAAGGUGUGGAUAGACGCGGCAUCUCAAAUCUUCUUCUCUCUGGGUCCUGGAUUCGGCACGCUUCUGGCUCUCUCAAGUUACAACAAAUUCAAUAAUAACUGUUAUAGGGAUGCGAUCAUCACUUCAUCUAUCAACUGUCUUACAAGCUUUUUGGCUGGAUUCGUCAUCUUCUCAGUCUUGGGAUAUAUGGCACAUGUUCAGAACAAAAGCAUUGAAGAAGUAGGUCUUGAGGGUCCGGGGCUGGUUUUCAUCGUCUACCCGGAGGCCAUCGCGACCAUGACAGGCUCCGUCUUCUGGGCUAUAAUUUUCUUCCUGAUGCUUAUCACACUAGGACUGGAUAGUACUUUUGGAGGUCUAGAGGCAGUAACAACUGCGUUAUGCGACGAAUACCCACGGGCAUUGGGAAGACAUCGCGAACUAUUUGUGGCCGGUCUACUGGUCUUCAUAUAUAUCUGUGCACUGCCCACUACGACAUACGGCGGCGUAUACCUGGUGGACUUGCUGAAUGUAUACGGUCCAGGGCUGGCCAUACUCUUCGUGGUAUUCGCAGAGGCAGCCGGCGUAUGUUGGGUGUAUGGCGUGGACCGGUUUGCUGACGACGUCAAAUCUAUGCUUGGACACAAGCCUGGCUGGUUCUGGCGCGCUUGCUGGGUUUACAUAAGCCCGGUGUUCCUGCUGGUGCUGUUCGUGUUCUCGCUAUUGUCUCACGCGGAGAUGCUGGGAGGGGAGUAUGUGUACCCACCCUGGUCCAUCUCCGUGGGCUGGGCUCUCACCGGUACAACCGUCUCACUGAUACCACUUUACAUCGUUUACCUGUUCAUAAUCACACCCGGCUCUUUCUGUACGCGUCUCAAAACCAUCAAACGUCCGCUAAUAACGACCAUACCGCCGACGGAGCACGCACUGUGCUCGCUGUGA